AUGUCGGACGAUACACCAGCUUCAGUCUCGGAGCUCGGAUGGCAAACUGUGACUGGCUUCGAGCCGUGCCGCUGUGCCCAGAGGCUUUCCGCCGACCGGAGCGCCUUGGAUGCUCGCGUGCGAGCCGGUGUGUUGGCCCUGUCACCGGAUGAGCGCUUCAUCCUAGCUGUGACGUCUCGACAUCAAACCAGCGACGGCGCUAAUCAGCGACAAGCGGGGCAACAGCCAGCCCGUUACAUCUUACCGGCCGGCGGUGUCGAGGUCGGUGAAACACCCGCUGCUGCGGCCUGUCGCGAGGCCUUCGAGGAGGCCGGUGCCCGUGUGCAACUACUUCGACCGCUGGUUCGGCACUGCAGUCUCUGUGAAGCGGUCCCGUGUACUGACUCUUUGGACGGGAAAGGCACGCUUCGUCGACCGGCGGUGACGUUCUGGUUCCUGGGGCGCGUUCUCGAGCUGGUACCGGCGGAAGGAGGCCAGUGGCCAGAGUCUACCCUACGGCAACGCUGCUAUCUUCCGCUGGAUACAGCGUCAGCGCACAACGAUAGUGCAGCGGAGAGAUCAUCUAUCGAUAAGCUGAGGGCGACACUCUGCUGGCGAGCGGAUACACGUGCCGCCGUUGAGGCGUUCCUUCGCCUAUUCGAAGCGCAGCAGGAACUGCACUGCAAGCUGGAUCCAGCACUGCUCGAUCGACCUGCACCGUAG